AUGGACACACAGAGAGGUGACGAAAAGCGGGACUUGGACCACGACAGCUAUACAGUCGGUUGGAUCUGCGUCUUGCGGUCUGUGUUGAACGCCUCACGAGCGUUGCUUGAUGAAGUGCAUCAGCCGCUUCCACCGGCCGAGAAAGACGACAACAGCUAUCUCCUGGGCCGCAUGGCUGGACAUAACGUUGUUAUUGCCUUCGAUCUGGAACAAGAUUUCGGUAAAGGCGAUAGGGUGCAUGACGGCCCUACCGGAGAUAUGUUGAAGCAAGAAAGGCUUGCGUACGAUGCGCAGCCGCGUGGCAGUAUCAAGACUAACCAGCAGUAUCGAAAGGCAAUGGGUUUACCCCAGCGGUACAACUUGAAGCAAUGGUAG